AAUCAACCAAAUCAUUAUGUGGUCCAUCCACAACCAUAGAUCGAGUCAGACCAACGGCUGUCCAUUGAUUUCGACCGUGUAGCAGGCCGGAUGAGUAGAAGCAUGUUGAUUUUCACCCAAGGUGAUCUUCAUGUAGUGGCCACAUUUUUCACGGCACAGAUGCUCUCUAAAAAUGAAACCAUUUGAGAUAUAUAUAAAAUAGGAAAAAAAAAAAAAAAACAAAAACAUUUUAUAGUAAUAAUUUUCUUUCCAAUUUAGUCAGAUGAAGCAAUAUAAUUCGGUAGUCUUACAGACUACCGAAACCCACCUCAUUAUUUAUAAAUGUUCAUUAACGUUGAGGGGCACAUCAUCAUAACCUUCAUCACCCUUUAUUUCCCAAUUUCCCGCACUAUCAUUGCCUUUUGUUACUCUCCUUUCUCCACUCUCAUCUUCUCCACCUCUCUCUCUCUCUCUCUCUCUCUCUCUCUCUCUCUCUCUCCAACACCACCACCUUCUCCAUCUCCUCUUGAAUUCCAUCUCUCCCACCUCCAUAUCCUCUUUAAUUCUUUUACAUCUUACUCAUUCCUCCUCCUCCUCCUCUUCUUCUUCUUCCUCUCUCUCUCUCUCUCUCUCUCUCUCUCUCUCUCUCUCUCUCUCUCUCAAUGUCGCUCAACGAAGUCAAACUCCAACGUACCAAAAGCAUGAGCGGGAGUAGAAAGAUCAUCCCCUCAACCUCCAUGAGAGCAACCAACCCAGAAACCCUAUCAUCAUCAUCAUCAUUCUCCACCGUCGAUUCCAUCACCCCCGAAGACCGACCACUCGUCCGCAGUAAGUUCUCCGUAAUCUCACUCUCAAAGAAGCCCACGAAAUCGGUAAGCUUGACAGCAAUCCUCCGCUCCAUCUUAGGGCUACUCCCACUGCCACUAAUCUCCAUCCCAACAUGCCGAUGGCUAUCCAUCCCCUCCUCAUCUCCCCAUCUGGGCCGUCGAGUCACCGGUACCCUCUUCGGCCAGAAGAAAGGCCACGUCAGCUUCGCCGUGCAAGAGGAGCCACGGUCGGAGCCCGUACUACUACUCGAGCUCGCCACCCCGACGUGCUCCUUAGUAAAGGAGAUGUCGUCAGGGCUCGUCCGCAUCGCGCUCGAGUGCGAACGCGGUGCAUCCGGCCGCGGCGUCAAGCUCUUCCACGAGCCUAUCUGGACCAUGUACUGCAACGGUCGGAAAACCGGCUAUGCGGUCUCCCGCACGUGCAGUGAAUCCGAUUGGCACGUGCUGAGGACCGUGCAGACCGUGUCUAUCGGCGCCGGCGUUCUUCCUCCAGAGAAGGCCGGCGCCGAAGGCGAGCUCAUGUACAUGCGUGCCAAGUUCGAGCGUGUGGUCGGUAGUAGAGAUUCCGAGGCUUUUUACAUGAUGAACCCAGAUGGCAACGGUGGGCCAGAGCUCAGCAUCUUCCUGCUCAGGAUCUGAGGCUGGGAUGCAUUCCGUACGUGGGUCCCUCUCUUUUCAAUGGACUGAUUGCAUUGUUGAAGUGAGUGCUUGUAAAUUGGAUUGUUGUUGUAACCUUUAUAGAAAAACAAAUAUCAUUUUGCGUGGGAA